CCACUGUGCUGUAGCAUGUAUAUAAACGUUGAGCUCUCUGGAGCCUCUUGCCAGUUCUCUUCUCAGACUAGUCAGGAGCAACAGAGAGACAAAAGGAUGGAGCUCCUCUGGGUUGCCACAGUCACCGUUUGCUUUCUGUCCGUUUUCCAUACAGCAGAAUCUUCCACUGCUUAUUAUGACAAGAUUUUAACCCACAGUCGAAUCAGGGCACGUGAUCAAGGCCCAAACGUCUGUGCUCUCCAACAAGUUGUGGGCACCAACAAGAAAUACUUCAGCACGUGCAGGAAUUGGUACCAGGGAGCCAUCUGUGGCAAGAAAGCAACUGUCUUGUAUGAAUGCUGCCCUGGUUAUAUGAAGAUGGAAGGCGAACGAGGAUGCCCUGCAGUUGCCCCCAUCGAUCAUGUCUAUGGCACUUUGGGCAUUGUGGGAGCAACAUCCACUCAACGCUACUCUGACAUUUCAAAACUGAGAGAAGAGAUUGAAGGACCUGGCUCGUAUACAAUGUUUGCACCAAGCAAUGAAGCCUGGGAUGCUCUGGAUCGUGAAAUCCACGAAGGCCUGAUUGAAAAUGUAAACAUUGAACUGUACAAUGCCCUCCAUAACCAUAUGGUGAACAAGCGCAUGUUGACAAAGGACCUCAGGAAUGGCAUGGAUCUGUUGUCUAUGUACGACAACCAAAAACUGCAUAUAAAUCACUACCCCAAUGGUGUUGUUACAGUGAACUGCGCUAGAAUCAUCCAUGGUAACCAAAUUGCUACAAAUGGUGUUGUGCAUGUCAUUGACCGUGUGCUGACCCCUGUUGGAAAUACCAUUCAAGACUUCCUUGACGUGGAAGACGAUCUUUCAUCUCUCAGAACUGCUGCCAUGGCAUCAGAUGUGAUGGAAACUCUUGGGAAGCCUGGGCAAUACACGCUCUUUGCUCCUACCAACGAAGCUUUUGAGAAACUUCCACGUGGAGUCUUAAACAGGAUUAUGAACGACAAGGUGGCUGCUAAAGCGCUGAUGAAGUUCCACAUUCUGAAUACUCUCCAGUGUUCUGAAGCCAUCAUGAGUGGAGGUGUCUACGAGACCUUGGAAGGCAACACUGUUGAAGUUGGCUGUGAUGGCGACAGCUUGACAAUCAAUGGAGUCAAAAUGGUGAAGCGAAAAGACAUUGUGACAAGCAAUGGUGUCAUUCAUCUAGUAGACCAAGUGCUUAUUCCUGACUCCGCUAAGCAAGUUAUAGAGCUUGCUGGUCCUCAACAAACCACCUUCAAAGACCUGGUGUCUCAGGUUGGCUUGGCUGCAUCUUUAAAGCCAGAGGAAGAAUAUACCUUGCUAGCUCCAAUGAAUGGGGCUUUCUCCGAUGACGUCUUAUCUACGGACCAGAGGGUCCUCAGAUUGAUUCUGCAGAAUCACAUUUUGAGAAUGAAAGUUGGCCUGAAUGACCUCUACAAUGGACAGUUCUUGGAGACACUGGGAGGAAAGAAGCUCAGAGUGUUUGUGUAUCGUACAGCUGUAUGUGUUGAGAAUUCAUGCAUGAUUCGAGGAAGCAAAGAGGGAAGAAAUGGAUUUAUCCACCUUUUCAGGGAAUUAAUUGAUCCAGCAGAGAAAACUCUACAUGAAGUAUUGAGAUCGGAUAAACGAUUCAGCACAUUCCUCAGCCUAGUGGAAGCAGCAGACUUAGAAGAGGUUCUUUCUCAACCUGGUGACUGGACCUUGUUUGUCCCAACUAAUGAUGCUUUCAAAGGCUUGACUGAGCAGGAGAAACAGACAUUGAUAAGGGACCAAAAUGCUCUCAGGAAUAUUCUGCUUUAUCACUUGACUCGAGGAGUUUUCAUUGGGAGUGGAUUUGAACCUCGUGUGACCAACAUCCUGAAAACUAUCCAAGGCGGCAAAUUGUACUUGAAAGUGGUGAAUGACACUCUUCUGGUGAAUGAUUUAAAAGCAAAGGAAUCUGACCUUAUGGCGACCAAUGGUGUGAUUCAUGUCAUUGACAAGCUCCUGUAUCCUGCAGAUGUACCUGUUGGAAAUGAUCAGCUCCUCACAAUUCUGAAAAAAUUGAUUAAGUACAUCCAGCUCAAGUAUGUCCGAGGCAGCACAUUCAAAGAGAUUCCAAUGACAUUUUACACCACCCGAAUUAUUAAAGUUGUUGACCCCGAGAUUAAAGUAAUUGAGAGCAGCUUUGAACCCAGCAUCCGAAAAGAAAUAAAAGUAGUUGGUGGCACCACAGUUCGAAAAGAGAUUGAAGGGCCCACUAUUACAAGGCUCACCAAAGUGAUUGAAGGGGACCCAGAAUUUAAGCUGGUCAGGGAAGGCGAGACAGUCACUAAAGUUAUUCAUGGAGAGCCUAAAAUUAAAAAAUACACGAAAAUAAUUGAUGGUUAUCCUGUGGAAGUGACUGAAAAAGAAGUGACCGAAGAAAGAAUCAUACAAGGUCCUGAACUGAAAUACACCCGAAUCACUACAGGAGGUGGGGCAGAUACUGAGGAGACUCUUAAGAAAUUGCUGGAAGAAGAGGUGACCAAGGUGACCAAAUUCAUUGAAGGUGAUGGUCAUUUACUUGAAGAUGAAGAAAUCAAAAGACUCCUCAAGGGAGCUGGAUCUGAGUACACCAAGGUUACUAAAGUAAUUGAGACAGAGCCACAGAUUAUCGAGACAGAAAUAAAGAAAAUUCAUCUGGAAGAAGCACCUGUUAGAAAAGUACAAACAUCCAGAAGAACACAAGGCUCACCACGGAGAAGAACAAGGCUCGUCAGACCUGCGAAAAAGCAGACUGUACAGAAAGAGAACUGAAGCUCUGAAGAAAAGCAAAAAGAAAAAAUCAUAAGGGAAAACUAACCAAAUCACUUGUUCCCAUUAACAAUUGGGCAUAGCAUCCUCUACCCCAUAAAAGCAGACGGGAGUGCAUAUGGGGGGGGGGGGAAGCACUUCCUAAAAGAUGCAUUAGCUGGUACGAUCCCAAUGAGCAGGGAUCAACUCAAAAUGUACCCAUUUCCAUGAAUCCGAACUCUAUAAUUUAAAUGCAUUCCGCCUGCAAGUAAAUAAGCUUUAAAGUGAGAAAAUCCAAGAGUGUAAGCUAUGUAAAUGUAUCACCUUUAGAUCAGCAAAAACCAUGCGAUUCAUGUUAUUAAAUACUAUUAUGACACAGACGUUACCUUAGAAAUCAUAAUAAACUUUAAGCAAUGACAUAGGAUCUUCGCUUUCAUCACUGCGUAAAACAUUUGCUAGCGAAGCUGAGAGAUUCUCUCUCCUGCACUCUCCAAAGGUGACUCUCUCAAAACGCGAGCGUUCAGGAGUGUUCUUGGAUCGAUUACCGUACUGGCUAUCUAAGGUCCCAAAUGAAAAUAAACUUACAGUAAACACAUUAGCGUAAUUUGGUCCAUGACCGUAAAAAUAAAUUCAUUCAUUCAACACAUUAGCUUCCGUUCAGAGAUGCCCGCAUUAAGCAGCAGACAACAUGCUUAAACACCGGCGCUACCGUUCACCUGUUAGAGGUGCAAAAGGUGGUGGACAUUGUAUGAAUUUAAACUCCCCAUAUUUUCAGCUGUGUACAUGUGGGGAUGUUGAAUGUGGGUUCUACCUUUUGUAUAUUCUUUUGUACUAUCGUUUUUUUUUGUACAUAUAGGAACCAGCCCGAAACCAGCACGCAGAAUCUGUUUAUGAGUCAGGCUGAUUUGAUUAGAAGCAAGAGAUGCUCUUUUGUUUUAAAUAUUGUACUCACAUACCGAUACCAAAGUAUAAAAUACAUGCACCUUCCAUUCGUUGAUAAGGGCAGAUUGAAUUUGAAAAAACAACAACACAUUUUUUGUUCAAAUGUAUAGAAAUGGGAGGCAGAGCCUUUCCUGAUUUACAGAAUUCAAUGGAGCUUAUUCAUAGGCAAGUGGGGUUAGCAUUGCAGCCUUGUGUGUAUUUUACUGAAGAAAAUAGUUGUUUAUAUGUACGUUCCCCGUAUCCCAACUGAUGCAACAUUCAUUUACAUAUUGUACUUCCUGUAGCUGAGUACAGAAUAUGAAGUGGCCCUUCAUUCCAGGGAUGUUAACCGAAUUAGCUUUUAGGCAUGCUUAUAGUUGACGCCAUUUCCCUCUGGUUGAAACUAAACAUGAGAAGCAGCAAGAUUGACCUGCAGUAGGAUGAUUCGAUAGAUUUGAAUUCGGAAAAAGAUAUGCUGUUGACUUCAGCGGGACUUAAACGAUUUAUAUUUAAGAACUUUGGCUUGUCUGGUUUGUGAAUUUGACUCUCUUGCUGAAGUCCUCUGCUUCGUGGAAUGUGUAUUCCUGUGGAAAUAGUGAUCCCUGGUGUAUUCAACAGGUCCUAUUCAUGAGCCAUUGUACUAAGUAACCCACAUGAAUUUAAAAAAUUAAAAGGAAUAUAUCUCCACUGUAGCAUUUUAAGUACAGGAGACAAUUGUAAGGUUUGUGAAACAUUAGCCUUUAAAAAGCCUGCUUUGAAUUGUUGAAUUCUAAAACAAUCAAUGAAAUGCAUGCAACAAUUUCUUCUUGUUCAGGAAGAUACAUAUCAACUGGUACUUGGUCCGGAAGCCUUUGCAUAAAGGAACCCCUGCCAAUUUCCAUUAUUGAUGUGGGCGUUGUUUGUAAAUUGUCGUUUUUUAUCACUCGUUUCUUUGCUUCUUCUCCCAUACUUGUCAACCAUGCAAUAAUCUUUGUAAAGGGAGUGACAACAUUUCAUCAAGGUGCCUUAAUUCUGCAAAGUGUGGUUUAAAAGAAUUACAGCGUGUGCCUUUAUAUUUUUGUUUUGAAACACAUAUUCAUUAAAUAAAUUUGGCUGAAUUGUG